CCCACUGCCCCUACCCCGCCCCUCCCUCUCCCUUGCGCCGCUGGGGCCGGAGGGCUCCAGUUGUGCGCGUCAGUGUGUGUCGAGCGCCACGCGCGAGAGAGCGACGGCGGCGGCGCCGCCCCUCCUCCGCGGUUCAGGCGCGAGCCGCGCCGUUGGGCGCAGCAGCGGCGAGGCGGGCGGCACUCCUCUCCUUCGUCCUCUUCGCUUGGCGGCUGGCGGCGGCUCCUCGUGGAGGACGGUCUCCCGAGCCCGGGCUAUGACCUGUCUCCCGAACUACCUGAGUAGCGGCAAUCCCUGCGCCGCCCUCCGCUCCUUGCUCAAAUCUACGCGGCGGCACCAGCAGCCGCCGCCGUCUCCGCCGCGGCUCCUCGCCUUCAGCGUAACGCCCGGCAGCGUACGCCUGGCCGCCUCGGCGAUAGCGGCCGGGCUGCCUCUGUCCUCGUCGGCGCUGGCGGGACGCGAUUCGAAGUCGCCCCCCCGCCCCUCUGCGAGCCCGGCUGCCUCGUCCUCCUCCUCGCCGCGGUGCCGCCUCAGCUCGGGCUUGUCGUCGAGGGUCGACGGCGGGUUCCGCCCAGCCCGCGUGGUGGUGGUCGCCAAGACGACCCGCUACGAGUUCGAGCAGCAGAGGUACCGCUACGCGGGGCUCUCGGAGGAGGAUCUCAAGCAGCUGCUUGCAUUAAAGGGCUCCAAUUAUAGUGGACUACUAGAGCGACAUCGGAUUCAUACAAAAAAUGUGGAACAUGUUGUAGAUAGUUUAAGGAAUGAGAAGAUAGAGGUUCGACUUGUGAAACGCAAAGAAUAUGAUGAAGAGACUGUUCGGUGGGCAGAUGCUAUUGUAGCAGCAGGAGGUGAUGGCACAAUGCUUUUGGCAGCUAGUAAAGUGUUGGACAGAUUAAAACCAGUUAUUGGAAUAAACACAGACCCUGAUAGAUCUGAAGGCCACCUGUGUUUACCUGUACGAUAUACACACGCAUUUCCAGAUGCUCUACAGAAACUCUAUCAUGGUGAAUUCAGAUGGCAGUGGCGCCAGCGCAUCCGUUUGUACCUUGAGGGGACUGGUAUUAACCCUGUCCCUGUUGACUUGCAUGAACAGCAGUUGAGUCAAGAACAGCAUAGCAGAGCCCAUGUUAAUGGAAGAUUUCAGGAUCAAAGGUCUCAGAUUUCUGAACCACAUCUCUUGCCAGUGAGAUCAUUAAAUGAAGUCUUUAUUGGAGAGUCUCUCUCAUCCAGGGUGAACUAUAAGUCCUGCAAACCCAGUUUUAAAUUCUCCCUUCGUAGGGCCUCUUACUAUGAAAUAUCAGUUGAUGAUGGUCCAUGGGAGAAACAAAAGAGUUCUGGUCUCAAUAUAUGUACUGGAACUGGAUCAAAAGCUUGGUCAUUUAAUAUCAACAAGAUAGCAAAUCAGGCUGUGGAAGAAAUCCUGAAGAUUGCCAGACAUUACAAGAAUGUAAAUCUUCCACUGAGCAAGGAACUAGUAGAAAAAGUAACAAAUGAAUACAAUGAAUCACUGCUGUAUAGCCCAGAGGAACCCAAGAUGUUUUUUAGUGUACGAGAACCUAUUUCAAACCGUGUUUUUUCAAGUAGUCGUCAGCGGGGCUUUGCUUCAAAGGUUUGUGUCCGCUCUCGCUGCUGGGAUGCCUGUAUGGUUGUAGAUGGAGGAACGUCAUUUGAAUUUAAUGAUGGAGCAAUAGCAUCAAUAUUGAUCAAUGCGGAAGAUGCACUACGUACUGUUUUGUUAGAAGAAUGAACAGUUGAAAGCAUUCAGAACUUAACACAAAGGAAGUGCAUCAUUUUAGAUGUGAAAAUUGCUCUUUUGUAUAGAGAGGCAUUUGGGAAACAAAGAUUGAAAUGGCUUUUCAUUUCUUUUGGACAAAAAAUUAUUGGGAAACCAAUGUUUGUCAUUUAUUGCACCUUUAUAAAUGGAAAGAUAAAAUUGAAGGUUAGCAAUUUAAACUUGCAAAUUCAUGACUCUUCAAAAAUGUAAUGAAUCUGACAGGAUGCUUUUAAAACCAGGGUUUAAGCAAAUUGAUAUUAAUAUAAAAUUGUACAGCUCUGCAGAGGCAGUCUAUCACUGGUUUCAGCAAGUGGUUUGAUUCUUCCUAUGUAUUACAUCUGUUUCUAAAUUCAAAUGAUGUCAAAAGUAGCUAACCAAAAAAGUUAGGGUUGAAUUUACUUAUUCAAGAGUUUGAAGUAACCUUUUUGCAUUCACCACGAGUACUACUUUUCUAAUUUUGUCAUAAUGGUUGAAAUGGACAUCAUGCUAGUUUUUUUCUACAGUCUAAUAGGCAUACCUAAAAUGUGGGAGUAUCUUGUGUCUAAAACUAUUUUUUCAGUUUGAAUGAUAGAGUGCCUGACUUCAGUGGCAAGAAUGAAAAUCACUUGAGAUUAUUCUCAAUACCUGCCAACAAUGUGGUUUUUCUGCAUCAAGUGAAUUAGCUUCUGAAAAAUGCUUUUCAGUAAAUUCCUAGGAUUCCUUCCCCCCAAAGUGUGUGCAGUAAUGUGCCCUUUAAAAUCAUGAACUUCAUCAAACCAGCAGGGAGUGGUUUCCAGCUGGAGCUGUCCACUAGCCACAGCAAAGCAGGAACAAUGGUGCAGUUGAGCAUAAGGCCAGAUAUAUUGUUGUCUGUCUGUACCAUGGUGAUGCUUUCCCAUCCCAUCCCCACACAAAUGGCCUUGCUAAGCAGAGACCCAGGGCUAAUUAGUGAAAGUACAUAAUAGCAUUGCUUUUACCGUUUUGGAUGUGUGGAACAGUUUCUGUUCAUUUUAUGAAAUGGACACUGUCCAUGACCAGUCUCCAUUUGCAAAAUGGGAAAAUAAUCAUGUUGAAAGGCAUGCAUCUUUCAAUGAAACCUAUACCGUGUCCUUAAAAAAACAAACUCAGUUUGAGUAACUAUCACUGCAAUGCCUGUUUUAUUCCCAUAUAAGUAAAGAUGUAAAAGAAACCAUAGAAGUGUGACCACAACUGACCUCUCUCUCUUGUUUUGUUUGAACUUGUUUGUUGCCAUAUUUUCUAAGGUGGUAUUCAUUAGAGUGUUAGCUGACAUUACUUAAACCAAGGUAGAAUGCUGAAUGACUGUAAAUUUUUAAAAAUUGUUCUUGCUGGUUCUGAUAGGGUUGUAAAAUUACUGCCAAAUGCAUUCACUGUUUACAUUUGAAACAGUAGAAUUGAUCCUCAGUAUGAGUCAAGUAAAUGAUGGAGUACUUUUUUAAUUACACAAUUAGCUUUUUAAACUACUCUGUGAAUAGCUAAAUUUUUCACAGAUAGCUCCCACUUAAUUUUCUGUGGCACACAUGAAUUGACAGAUUGGAUUUUUUUUCUAUAUUGCUGUGGCUCUAGCUUUAUAUAAUUGGAAGCAUGGUGCCUUUACUGAGAUCAGUAGGACUUACAUCCAAGUAAACAAGUUUUUUAAAAGGAAAAAGAUGGUGCAUGAAAAUGUCUUGGAAUAGUUUGAAAAUAAGAAAGCUGUGAAAAUAGUUCAGUGGAAUUGCAGUUUGUUUUAUGAACUUCUCAAUCCACAAUUUAAAUUAUUGAACUUGGAGCAUAAUCAACUUGUAGCAUGAGGGUAAUGCCACACCAGGGCAAUCCCUGUAUACCUCACUUGGACCUUGUCCCCCUUUCCCUGAAUACACCCCAGGCUUGUGUGCACAGAUCUCACAUUCCCUAGCAUUGCCUUGCACUGCCUGUCCAUUUAUAGGGAAGAUGCAGGUAGCUCAGUUGGGCCAGCUUGGUGCUGUACCCACCCAUGUGCCCUGAGGACAACUAUUCCAUUAACCUAUGAUGACAAAGUAAAGACCAAUUUAAAAGUGUGGUAGACAAUAGUAAUCUUUAUAUAAUUUAUAGUUUGAAACAUGAGUAAAUGGGCAAGAAUCAGUGGCUUAAAUGUUCUAAAAAAUGUCCAAGCAAUAGCUACCUUUAGAAAUGACUUCAGAAUCUGCAGAUACCAGAGAAGAUACAGUUGUAUAUACAAUGUGUUUUUGGGUAUCCUCUAUUGGUCUUAAUUUGGCACAGGUGAGUGCCAGCAUAGCCUUUUUCAGUGUUCAUGUUGAACGUAUGAAAAAUUUUAUAGAUUGUUGAAUGUAUCACUUUCAUCAACUGCUCCUUCUUUCAGCUAGUAUACCCUUCUCCAAGCCAAAAUAGUCUUAUUUGGUUGCGGAGGGGGCUGUAAUAGGUCACAUAUGCCCAGGGUCUUCUGUGGCAAAUGCUGCCUGGAACAUUUCCUGUUGUGAAUUAUGGGAGGACAACUUUCUGUUCAUGUGCUGUCAGUCAUCACUUUUGUGGCCUUACCCACCCAAAGCUAUUUUUUCUGGCUUUGCAAAGUGGGAAGUGGCAGGAGAGGUGAAGGAUGUGGUGUUAAGAGAUGUGGGAUAAGAGCAGUUCACAUUGGGCCUGCUUGAAAGGGUCUAUACCUUAUUCAUAUUGGACCCACCAUAUUUGCACAAGUUGUGUCUCACUUCAAACCUCUGUUCACAAUUUACCUGGUCUUCUGCCUUGAUUUAGCUCACUGCAUUUUUAACUGUUGCUCCUAGUCUUGUAAGAAUGAAACAUCAAUAUAUAAUGCUGGGAGAUUUGUCAUUAAAAACAAAACAAAGCAGCAGGUGGGAACUGCUAAUUUGUUUCGGUAUUGGUUUAACUCUUUUUUUCUGAUUUAUGCUUCCCCAAUUCCCAGCUGCUUAUUUGCCGAGUAAAUAGCAUCUUGUGGGGACUGCAUUGGCUUGGGAAAGCAGUGCAAGAGGGGAAAACGUUAGAUUUUCAUUCACAUUAGAAAUGUCUCCCCUGCUACCUCCACAGCUUUAGUGUGUUGGGAGAUCAACUGCAGAACUCCCAGAUACAUUUUAGUUCUAAUAAACUAUAAAUGAGACAAUCUGAAAAGACCAUUCAUUUAUUUAAGGCACAAUCCUGUGUGUUUAAAUGGACAAAAUUUUGUUCACUUACAGCACUCCCUAACCUGCAUCACAGAAAUGCUGGGAGUUGUAGUACAUUUUCUAUCUGAAAAAUCAUAGGGUUCUACACUUAAAGAAUUAUGUAAAUUGUAUCAUGCUGAAGGAAUCGAGCAGGCUGUUUGUAUAAUAGAAUAAGUGGGAUAUGUGCAAAUAUCAAGGUCAAUACAAUGUAACUAUUCCCCCUUGCUAAAUUGUUUAAUUCCAGUAUGUCAAACUAAAGUGGUAUUAUUAACCUGGAUUCUGUAUUUUAUUAACAUAAAGGCGUGGGAUUUGGAUUCACUUGGAAAUAUUGUAUGGUGUGGCUGUUAAUGCAAUGUAAUAAAGGUACAUUUACAUUUAUUAAA